AGGAGGAGGCGGAGGCUGCAGCCACUCAGUGAGGUACAAAGGGCUGGGUAUUCACCUUUAAAUCCGUCUUUUUAAAAAUACACUUCUCACUCCCGGCGCUGGUUCUAAUGGAUACAACCUUCUACCUGAACACAGAGGUGGACAUCGGCCAGCGGGCGUAAGCUGACAAGGCAGAGACGUGCAAAUGAAGCAAGAGUGAUGAGGAAAAAAAACCCUUUCACAAAGUUGACAUUACCCCAGUCGGUCUGACACAGUCGGUCCCCGGCCUCAGCAGACACGCUGCGCUGAUGGGGGACACAGGGUCGCGGCGAUCCACGCUGGUCUCCAGGCUCCCGAUAUUCCGGCGCAGCACCUCAAAGCGGCGCGACUCCCUGCCGUCGUCGCCGUCCUCCGCGACUAACGGGGUGCACACCUCGUCGCCGUCCAGCACCAACUCGAGCUCGAGCAGCAUGGGGAAGCGCAGGAACAUCUUCCGCACCGCCUCCAUCGGCUUCCCCGGCAGGAAAGCCGCGGGCGAGCCUCGCGCUUCGACUCUGUGUAACGGUCAGGGCAACACCCCCGGGGAGGAAGGCGCGAGGGCGAAGGGCCGCCACACGUUCGGCUUGAGCGUCGUCCCACGCGGCAAGAAGAUCACGCGGUCGGCCACAGAGGACUUCGAGAAGGGGAAGGAGCUCAACAAGAGCGUCUUCAUGAAUUGCCUCAGCUCGGGGAGGUCCAGCGUGGACGAAGGUGACGAUUCCGGCUUUCCCGAUGACCGCCCGGCCAAGCAGCACGGCAGGAAGCUGCUCCCCAGGUCCUUCUCCACGCACCACAAGCUGUCCAAACCCAGCGCCGCGCGCAGCCCGCCGGCCGAGCAGCCGGCCCACGUGAUGCCGCAGGCCAACGAGCUCGAGCCCAGGGGACCCGCGCACGAGGAAUGCACCAAGUACCUGCAGGUGGACAACGCCGAGGGCUCCCUGCAUUCACCGCUCCUGUCCAGCGACAACACCACCAUCCUCACCCCUUCCGAGUUCGUGCCCGUCUCCGCAGACUCAGUCUCCGAGGCGGACAAGGAGCUGCUGGCCUGCCGCCCUGCCCCGAGUCUGACUGAACUUGACCCAUCCCACUCUGCUACCCCGCAGAGCUCACUCGGGCUUGCUGCUGCUCCUGCUCCUCACCUCUGCCCCUCAGGGGACAGCCUUCACCUCAGGGAGACGGCGCUGCUCUCUGAUGUGGAACUCUCGACCCAUCGCGCUGAAGAGUUUCCGCACGGAUUCGACUGCCCGGGACUGAAGGGGAGCUGUGAAAGCGAUGGUAGGCCGAUCCAACCACCCGGAGCUGUCACUCAGAGCGGCCCUUAUGUCAAACACCAGCCGUCCUUCACACAAAACGGCCUGGAAGCGACAACACUCUCCACUGAGAAGGUGCAUAAGUUAGCCAUCACCAACUCCACCUCCAUGAUUAAACCUCAUGAACACUGCCAGGGAACAUCUCAUUCCACAGUGACGGUGAACAGGGCGUUCAGUCCGCGCCAUGAGGAAAAGUGGGUGGAGAGGCGCUUGAGGUCAUCCUCUGAGGGCACGUCGGGACGGCGAUUGAGUCAUGGAGUCCGAGAUGGGCGAGUUGAAGAAUUGCAUGGUCUAAAGGGGCAAAGAGCAGGUUCAUCAUCGUCCAAGAUGAACAGUAUGGAUGUCCUGAAUAGAUUAGGAUCCUGUGACCUAGAUGAGGAUGACUUGAUGCUGGACUUGGAGUUCCUGGAGGAUCAACAUCAUCAGUGUGACAGGGAUACCACCAAACAUAUUGUGUGCCGGGAAGACUCGAACCACUCCAUUAAAUCAUGUGUGGAGAUUCUACAUGUACCCACUGAACUCAAGAUGAAGAUCGAAGGACCAAAGGUCCCAGAGACUCCGAAAGAAAUUCCAUUUUUCCAGCCUUCAAAAGAAGGUGAUUUUUGUGAAUCUCGACCUCUUCGUUACAACCGUUGGCCGAGUGCUGCAUCGUCAGACUGGUCCCUUCUGAGGGAGGAUGAGCCUGGUGGUGGUCUGGAAGCCAUGUCCUUGAGGUUGAUGAUGCAGGACUGCACCGCAGUAAAGACAAUGCUUCUCAAAUUGAAGAGGAUUCUCCAGGAGAGUGUGGAGAUGAGCCCUGCCAGCAGCACACAUUCGCUUCCUGUCAGUCCUAUCACUGAGAUACCUGUUCCUUUUAAGGAUCUGAAAGAUGAAAGUUUGCUUCUUCGGCUUCAGUUGAAGGAGAAAGACGAACUGAUCUCCCAGCUUCGAGAUGAACUUGACCACAAUCGAAGGUCACAUUCUUCACGAGCAGACUCACAAGCAGACAAGUCCACACAGACGGAGAUUCUCAGUCAUGACGCUACAAAUCUAAACAGAACUGUGAGCCAAACACUCAGCACAAGGGACAGAAGAUCAGUACCUACUCCCACCGAGGACCCAUAUAAAUACUCAUCACCCAGCCAAGCAGCUGCUCAUGAUGGUAAAAUCUGUCAAGUUUCAAAUAUUUUUGUUGGCCGCUACCAGAAGGCACAAGAAGUUGGCCGAGGAGCCCAAUGUAAAAAUGGCAUGGUUGAGACCUCUUCUGUGGAACUGGCAGAAAACAUUCAGAGUAAUGGAUCUUGCAGCGGAUCUACUCAGAGUAAAAUCAAAACCACCGUCAAUGCGGGGGAAGUCUUGGAGCUUACGAAUAGCCGGAAGGAUCAAGUUACUGUGCCCAGGCAGCAAUCUGUAUUUGUAGGCCGACUUGGGCAGCCUCCUCGUGGACCGCUGUCCUUGCAUAUGUAUAGUCGAAAGAAUGUUUUCCUCCAACACAGUUUGUACACCUCUGACUUGCAGGCUUUGAGCCAGAAAGAUGGCUAGGUCAUUCCCUAAGCCCUGGACAGAGAUACGAAAUGUGUAGCUGCUUUUGUCCUGGCAGAAACCUACCCAGGUACCAAAGGGUAAUCCCUUCCGAAACUCACCAAGCCUUUUGACACCGCUGCCUCCUACAUCCUCCAAGACUUCUUUGGCCUCUGUGAUUUUUCAUAGCUGUUUCUAUCCAAAAAGUAAAAGAAGAUAAAGCCAUUUUCCACAUGAACCUUAAUCUAAACUGUACGCAGGUGACGGUUGAUACCUUUCAUGAGGGAAAGGGAUAUGAUGAGGGACUAAUUGGAUAGCUCUAUCAAAGAGCUAGCACAUGUGCGAUGGCCCAAGUGGUGUCCUUCUGUGCUGUAUGAUUCUAACUGAAAUUAUGAGUAAAUGGUCCCAUCAUAUGAAGAACCAAGAAUCAACAUGGUACUAUAUCGUGCUACUAAGCAGUUCCUUUCUGUGCCAGUUAUUUUAAAAAAUGGAAAAAUACGAAUGUUUUAAUGGAUAAAAUGCAUUUGUAUGUGGAAACUAUUUACUUUUAGAUGAAGCAAGCAUGUUAAAAAAUUAACUGUGCAUUUUCUGAACAUUUAAACUUUUCUCAAGAUGGCAUGCUUUGGUGAUGAGGAACCUCAACCUAUUUUAUUACUAAUUCCGUUGACUCAUGCUGACAAGGCAAGAAGAUAAUGUGUAAGGUGCUGUCUUUUGUAGUUGGUGAAUGAAAGAGUUGUUCGUAACUGCAAAUGUGUCAGUUUCAAAAGGUAGAGGGACAUUUAAAAGAGAAGGAAUCCCUCCUGUUAAAGCCAUUUCUCCAAAGCCUCGUGUUAUAUUUUACAAAAGGUGACUUUGAGUGCAUCAAAGCAAAAAGGAAAGCUAGUUUUCUGUCUUUAACAGGAGGCUGGAAAUAUGUACAAGAUCCUUAUUUUGCCCUCCUCUCUGGCUCAUCAAAUUAAGUUUUGUCAAUAAUUGGCUAUUUUUAAGGUAUGGGUCUUAAUUAUACCUUCUCAAACUGUCCAGGUCAAAAUACUUGGUUAAAAAAGUACAUUUCAGAAUGUUUAUCUCCAUUCUAAUUAAUGCUCACACCAAUCUUUUAUUUUCUUAGUACUCCAUGGUAUCUGCUGAUUGUGGAAUUAUUUCAAUUAAAUUAAGAUUUCCCAGAGCCCUCCAAUAUGAUGGUGACUUAAUAAUCAGUUGGAUACAAUGGUGCUUUGCUAUUUAAGGAAAGAGUUGGAUGGAGGUACAUUUGAUUGAUAGAUUGGGGAUAAUUCCUUGAAUGAAGUAAGAGUGUCAGCUUUCCUGUAUUUCUAGAAAGCAAGGUUACAUGUUUGGUUUUCAUUGAUCCAAAUCCUGAUUUAGUGUUCUCCCAACCACCACCUUCCCAUAUCGAAAAAUCCCUGCUCCAAACCGCUCUCAAUCUCACAUAUUCCAAUUUGUCAAAUCAUAUGCUUGAAUUAUAUAAUUUCAACUCCAUUUUCCAAAUCCUAAUCUUGUCAUCGUUUUGCCAGCUACUGCUUCCAACCUGAGUCCUGCUUCAGGAAGGAGAAGGCACGAAAUUGGUUAACGAAAUCUCAUGCUUUCCAAACAUUUUUUGGUUGAAAGAUCCCUUUUCAAAUGUAUUACAGAUCUCUCACCUUUCCAAGUCAGUCUGCAAAACACAUCACUUUGAACAUGUCUUUGUUCAUCUGCACUUCUUAUGAGGCUCAGUGUCAAAUUUUGUUUUACAAUAUUCCUGUGAAGCACCUUUGGAGGAUUUUAUGUUAACGGUGCAAUAUAACACACAAUUCCUGUACAGGUGAAAAUCUGAAGAUCCUUGACCGCACCUUUCGAACGAAUGACCAUUUAAAUCUCGAAGGACAAGGGCAGCAGAUACAUGCAACACCACCACUGCAAGUUUCCCUCCCACUCACCAUUCUGUUUGCAAAUAUCUUCCCAUUCCCUCACUGUCGCUGGGUCAAAAUCCUGGAAUUCCCUCCCUAAGGGCAUUGUGGGUCAACCUACAGCUUGUGGACUGCAGCAGUUCACGAAGGCAGUUCACCACCACCUUCUCAAGGGAAACCAGGGACCUGCAAUAAAAUGCUGGCCAACCAGUGAUGUUCACAGACUGCAAAUGAGAACAAAAUUGCACUAGUCUCUAUCCCAGUGAAUAGUUUCUAAUUGCAUUUACCUGCACCAUUCCAAAUCACUUCUCCCUCAUCCAACCUAAUGUUGAAUGUUGACAAAAGGGUCAAAUUGCACCUUCUGUGGUGAUAAUGCAGUCAGCAGCGAUGAAUACUUCCUAUCUGAUUUGGGCAUUUUUCUCCUACAGCCAAAUUUGAAAAUAGAUCCUAUAUUUUUGCUUCAACUAUCAAUGCUGAAAAUUAACUCCACACCUUCACACUGUUAGUGUCAACAGGUUUCUCUUACUGUCUGCUAUGAUCACUUUUCAUUCAUCUUGAACCUAUGACUUCCUCAUUCUCAUCUCCCAAAAAGCUAGAAAUGUUUUGUGUCUGUCUACCCUGCCUCACACUCUUAUCAUUUUAAACACUUUUAUCAAAUCAUACUCUGUGCAAAGUUGUUCUGAAAAGAGAAACAUAAUUUCUGAAUUUUCAAAUAUCAAGAUGCUUUCUGAUUAAAUUAUAUUAAGUCUGUUCUAAAGCCACAACAUCCUGCCUGUAUGUGAAACCAAUACUGCACGCCUUCACUGAAAUCUUAUUAAUGUUUUAUGCAAUUCAUCAUUACUUAUUGCCCUUCAUAUUUUAUUCCUGCCUUUGACAAAACCUUGAAGAGUUCUGUUAAUCUUUUCUACAGCCUUAUCAAUUGGGAGGCACAGCUUUUCAAUUCCUUUGUUUUUUUUCUAAGGAAUUAAUUAUACUUCCAUUUUAGACAAUGAGCAUACGUGUUCCCAGAAAUACAAUUAAUCUCUUUCCACCACGCUGAAAAAAUACCCUCUACUCCUCAGAACCUGCUCGAUGGCUGUCACAACAUAAACACCCCUUUCACAAGCAGCUUUCAACCUUGGUAGCAGACUUGGGACCAGCAACCCUGGAACAGAGCAAAUGUCACUGUUAGGCGGAUUAGAAAUCCCAAAGAUUCCUUGGGACUUUGACUAGGCUGUUUGACACUAAGCCCUCCACCCACAUCCCUUACACUUUCAACCCCAUACUCAUCCUCUACUCGAUCGUACACCAGUAUUGCCGCUAUGCCAUCUCAUUCAUUCCAAGUUAUUUUGCAGGCCCUCUCGUAUCAACACUAAGUCCCGUCAUGUUCCCCAUGGCUCCUCCCAUAGCGACUCAAACUAGUAUUCACCGUGAACAGAGCUUAGGAGCUACAUGGAGAUGAAAAGCAUUUACACUUCUAACAAGUAAAGAGAACACUCACUCAUUUCCACUGGCUACAGAAAAUAAUUCUUGUAUAUGAAACUUAUUCAAAAAUUUCAAAACCUAUCAAGACAAAUUUACAAUCAGUAACCACAUCAAAGAGAGCUGAUACUUUAAUGCUAUCUUAAAACUAUCAAUCAAAAUUAUAACAUUCUCCUGGAAUGUUGAAUUGCAGCCAAGCUUUCACAACGACUCCAACUAUAAUAUGACCCUUGGCAAUGUAAACAAUGAAUUCUAUUCAAAUAUGGUAGUUUUUCCUCAGCUAUACCAGGUAGCCUGCUAAUCAAUGCAUUCUGGCACCCAGCGAUUUUUGUUUUCGUUCUAAUUAACAACUGCAACCUUUUUUUCUUAUUUAGAGGGUGAGGAUUUAAAUAACUUCAGGUCAAGACAUUUAUAAACCUUCUCCAUUCUUCAAAAGCAUUUAACUCUACUCCAUUAAUCUGUGAUUCCUACACCACAGCGUUCGUUAUUUUAAUCGGCAAACCUGUUGUCUGUUUGAACUCAGCAGUAAUUUCCAAGUUUGGAUUUUCGUUUUUUAAAAUUCAUGCCCCAGGCCUUCUCCUUCUGUCAAAAGUAAGCUCUAUCAGAAAUGGUCAAGGAAUACCCGCAUCUUGGUGUCUGCUGCCGAUAUUCAUCACCACCGAACUUGGCUGAACUCAUUGUAAAUCCGCUGCCUAGACUGUGUUCUUGACCUUCAUGAUCAAUUUUGUAUCCAAUCUGUUUCUUUUUCCUUCUUAAUCUCUCUGUGGUAUUUUGUAAAAAUUAUCCACCAAAAUUACUCCACUAGCAGAUUUUUGCCAGCAUUGUUGCUUCAAGCACAUUGCCAUUGAACAUACAUUUCAUAUUCUUGCUUCUUCAAUCCAAUCUUGUGACUUCAAACUUCAUUUUUCAUGUCCACCUACAUUGGGCCCAAUGACCUAGGCUGUGCUAAUCUCUUUAGAUUAUUGUAAAUUAGUUAGGGUAAUCAGUCAGAUGUCAAAUGCCUUUAUUUAAGCUGCUCUGGCUAUCAUAAAGUCACAGAGAUGUACAGCAUGGAAACAGAUCCUUUGGUCCAAAUCAUCCGUGCCAAUUAAUACCCUAAGUGAAUCUCAUCCCAUUUUGCCCAUAUCCCUAAAAACCCUUCCUAUUCACAUACCCAUCGAGAUGCCUUUUAAAUGUUAUAAUUGGAACAGCCUCCACUGCUUCCUCUAGCAGCUCAAUCCAUCCAUACACCACCCACAGCAUGAAAAAGCUGCCCCUUGGGACCCUUUUAAAUCUUUUUCCUUCUCAGCUUAAACAUACCUCCCUCUUAGUUUUGGACUCCACUACCCUGAGGGAAAGGUCACCUUAUUCAUACCCUAGCCUUAAUUAGCUUCAGGCAUUUUAGAGUGUCAUUAUACACCAUUAAUGAAAACGUCAAAUACCCUAAAACAUUUUUGAUAAGUUUUAUGGGUCCAUAGGUUCAUCUCUGGCUCAUUUUUGCUUAAUGAAAAGGACAUAGAUAAUAUUUGUUACAUUUCAGUGCAUGCAGGUUGUGUCAAAUUCCAAUACAUUCUGAGAAAAGUAAGUAGAGGGAAAGGAAAUCACAUUGAACAACAUUAGCGGCACCUACUCACCUCUCUUUUCCAAGUCACUAUUUUCUAGAUUUUCUGCCAAUUCCUGACACACAUCUAAACUUGUCACUUUAGCCAUUGUCUGUCAGUGAGAAUGCAGGCCCCUCCUGCUUUCAGUUAUCCACAGCAUUUUUACCAGUUGUUGUUUAUCAAUCCUUAGUUUAUUUGGCUAGCAUCCCUACUUAAGGUAUACUCAACACCCUUUCCUUUUAGCACUUAUCCUGACACCUGGCCAAUAAUACUUGGAUCACACUUCUAAUUUAUUUCAUACCCAAAAUUUUCUCAUUGCCUCAUUCCAUUAAAGCAUUGUAAAUCUUUGGAAUUCUCUACUCCAGUGAGCUGUGGAUGCUCAGUCUUUGAGUGUGUUUAGCCAAAGAUCAAUAAAUAUGUGUGUAUUAAGCUAAUUAAGGGAUAACAAGAUAAUGUGGGAAUGUUGAGCAUAUGAGUAGAGUUAAAGUGAAGGUUAGCCUUCAUCUUACCAAAGGUCAGAACCAGCUUGACAGUUCAAAUGGUCUACUUUUGCCCCUAUUUCUUCUUGGGAAAUACCAUGCCACCCCCACCCCAACUCCCAGUCCCAUGUAAAUACCCCUGUACAGUUUUGUUGUGGCUCAUGACCUGUCUAACUUUUCAUGCCGACAUGUAUAUAAACUGAAUGGAAUUAUAAGCAAAUCAUUUUAAUUCAGUUCAUGUUUGAAUUUGCUUCAGUGUUAUGAAAGGUGGACACUAUCUGACACUGAACGGCUUUUAUGUUUUAUCAACAACACCAGCUGCUGUUGUCAAAUAUAUCUUCCUAGAGUCUGGCCUGAACUGAUUUUUAGCUGUACAGAUUAUCAAAUUCAUUGCUGCCGUAUCAAGUUUUAACUGCUCGGGUGUGGGUGGCAAUCAGGCGUGAUGGAGGCGGAAGGGACUUGUAUGUUAAUGGCCACUGCCAUGAUAAGUGAAACAGUCAAUGAAUUUUACUGUUCCUGAUGCAGUUGUGUCAUUUAAUACAGCUUCAAAAACAGGACUAUGUUUUAAUAAAUUAAAGAUACGGUGUGAUCCAAAGACCACCGCCUAUUGAAAGGAGACAUGAGCAACUUUGUUGGGAAAUGGCUUUAAUCUUAAAUGCAACUGGCACCAGAUAGCAAUAAUAGAUUGUAACUGCAUGUAUGUCCUUUAUUACAGUGAGUAGUGUUCUGUCUCAAUACAACAACAUCAUAAUAAGUCACCAACAAGAGCUGGAGACCCGAGUGCAGCUGUGCCAAGUAAUUAGUUUAGUUGCCUAAAUUAGAUCUGCAAUAAAAGAAAAUCUUCCACAGUUCCUGAAAUCAGAGCAAUCUGGUGGAAACAUAUCAAAGUAAUAUACAGUGUUGGGCUAACCAUGUUAUCAGGAGAUAUUUAUUCAUACAGACUGCAAAAGAGGACACUGCAGAGGAAAAUCUUAACAGUAUACCUGAACACAAUAAAGACAUAAAUAUGAACAUUUUUUUCAAAAGGUGAAGACUUAAAGGUGAUAAGCAUCACAAAAGAUAAUAUAGUUUUUGUAAAAGUGGUCAAUUGAGAAGGAUGGAUAUUCAGGACUAAUUUAUAUUAUGGAUGACAAAAAAAGCUCACUAAGAGUCUGAACUAAAAUCUCACUAAGUGUCCAGUUUGCCUCAAUCAGUACAAAGUUUGAUGAAAGGUACUCAAACUGGCAAUAAUAUGCUCAAAAAAUAUUUGUUCAGCUUGGUCUUAAUCCCAAGAGGAACUAUUUAUCUGAUGCCAAAACACAUGAUAGUGGGCCAUGAUCCAUGAUAAAUACCUUCUCAAUAAUAGUUGCCUUAUUAACGCUGGAUACACAGGUAGUUACUGCCUAUGGUGUUGCUUCAAGGCUGAAAUGACACCAAAUAUUUCUCUGUGGCAGUUUUAAAACUCAAGAUCUAUUACAGUAACUGCAGACUUCUUUUCCUCUAAGUUAAUGUUUUAUAGCAAUGAAGCCUAAAUUUAUUUCUUUAAAGAAAAUUUAGUACAGGUGAAUUUGUACUGAUUUAUAUAUUUCGUAGAAGAUGGUAUUGCAUUUUAUAUAUCUUUAACUGUAUGGCACAAAAUGCAGUAAAUGGAGAACAAACAGCAAUAUUCUUGACAAAAAUAUAGAACAGCAACUAACAGGUAGAGUGAGAAAGAUCAGCAAUUGACUGUAAACAGAUUUCCACCACCAAUUCCCAUGUUUUACUUCCUACCACCACCUCAAUGCAUAAAGGCAGAGAGAAGUAAGUAGGUUGUUAGCCAACUAUCUCAUGCAGAAACUGAUUUUCUUAUUUUAAUACAUGGACUUCAGAAGCUCAAAGGCAAUUUAUAUGAACUUGCAUUGAAUACAGCCUGUCACACAAGGACUGAGUUCUGAGGUGGCUGCUACAAUGUUAAAGAUUUAUCGGGCAUUGACUUCAUGGUUUAAAUAUUUGCCCAUUUUCAUUUUCUGCAAGGUUCUUCAACUUCAGGGAAGAGCCGAGAAAGGGACAACUGAGAACUUGUCAUCACUGUUGGAAGGCUUCCAUUUUCCCCAUCUGUUACCCAUUUGGGAAAUGAAUUAGGCUUGUUUGAAACUGAACACACAAUUGCAGACUACUGGGUUAAAAUUUAGAUUAAAUUGAUAGAUCAUUUAACUCUCAAUAUAUAACCAUCUAUCCUGUAAACCUUCCCUGAAAAGAACUGCAAUGAAACAUUAUAUGUUCCAUGGUGCCUUCCAACUUCUGCUUCAAACUGUGGGGGCCUCUUGAUUGGCAUAAAUACCACUGGCAAUUUGGCCAACAGUUUGGUGAUUGGCUGAUUGCAGUAGUUUUUAAUAUUCUUAAUAGAGAAAAUCAACCCCAUCCUAUACAGUGAUGCAGUUCAAUGAUUGGUUUCUCCCCUGAAUCUUUUAAGUGUCUUGGAGAUGCAACAUUUCUUUAUGCAGCAAGGCAUUCAAUCAGGUGUUGAUGCACACAGUUCUGUUCACUAUCCUUCAGGUCAUUUUAAAUUUGAGUGAAGGUCUAAAUUACCAAACUGUAAACAUGUCGCUCAAUUUUUCCAUCUGUUGACUGCUGAAAAGUUAAUUCCUACAAUGUGUAUAAUGGUCAGUUAAUUCAAUAUCGCCCAAAAUUAGAAUUAUACCGCCUUGAUUUUUUUAAUGCAACCAUUUAGGCUCACAGCCCAGAAAUUGCAGCUGGCCAUAUUAAUAGACAACUGCUUAAUGUGUUGGAGAGAUUCUUUUUCUGCUCAUUGUCAUAACAGAGACAUUAACCCAUUUGAACAACUCAGUUUAAAUAGAAAAUUGUUAUGCAAAUACACUAAGCACUUGUUCACGAAUAUCGACAACCAAUAUUUCCUGGUCAUUGCUGGUCAGUUUGCAUUUUGUUGCUCUGCUGCGCUGUUAUUCAGGCUUUUCCAUUGAACUAAAUUGUUGUCUAAAUGUCAAAUGGUCAAUUAAUGCUUUGAGUACUGAAUUAAUCUGCCAGUUUGCAGAUCCUGUGGCUUUUUAAAAUGAAAGGGUGGAUGGUGCAGUAGCAAUCCGGACUGACAGAAUUAAAGUCUCUGCUGUUUUCUAAUGAUGAUUAUAACUCUUUCAGAUUACUAAACAAUAUAAUCAUGUCAAAUCCCAUUAGUGUCAAAUCUUCUCUGUUUAUAUUGUGGCACAUUGGCCAAUGAUGAAAAUUUAGGUGUGAGAUGUGCACACAUAUGGUUGCUGCAGAUUUGCAAAAUGGAACAUCAUUUGCUGCCGUACACAUUUACCCCUAUAUAUCAAGCAUGGGAAAACAAUGCAGAUUUGAUGUGGGGAGAAUUUCCUCACAGGCCAACAAUGGAAAAGCCAUUGGGUCACAUUGAGAGGAGAGUCAGCCUUUAGUCAGAGUUUAGCCAGAUCCCAAAACAGCAAACCAUGCUGAUAACACUUGCUUGAGGUAUUGCUCAUCCUUAAUGGCUUAAAGGUCAGCUAAGAGUCAAUCACAUUGGUGCGGAUUAAGUCACAUGUAGGCCAGGCCAAACCAGACCAGAUAAAAGUGGCAAAUUUCCUGAAAGGAAAAGUAUUUGUGAAGUAGGUGGGUUUCUUUUUACAAUAGUGGUAAUUUGGUUGCCAUGGUUCAAAUUCCACUCCUGAACAUCAGCCCUGGCCUGUGGUGUCAUGUCAUUGCCAUUGAACCAGUACCUCCCCUUGUGUGAGUUAAACACACCAUUUGAAACCUCCCUUCUCCCUAGAGGGCUUUGUACCCUGAUUAAUGUAGCAUUGAGUUCGUUACACAGCACAGCUUCUUGCUGUGUACUCUAACCUCAGAAAGAACAUAACAAUAUUGAGGCAUUCUUAAGGAUCUGCUGUCAAUUGAGAUUGGAAAAAUUAUAAAGUCCCAUAUCCAUUGCAUUCAAAUUUCAUAUAAUUUGACAAUAAUCUUUCACACAUCCAUUAUAACGAUUGUAAUACAAAUCAUUUUGAUUGAUUGUAUCAGCCAUGUUAGUGUUAUCUGCACUCCCAAGAUUUGAGCACAUAAUCCAAGGUGAUAUUUCAUUGCAGGGUGUACUACAUUGUUGGAGGCACCAUCAUUCACCUGAGGUAUUAAAUCAAGACCCCAUCUACCCUCUUGGGUCAAUGAAUAAAGCCUUGAAUCACACAUUGAACACUGGUCAGUAAUUCAUCUGUUAACCUACAAGACUAAACCCAACAAUCUGGUCAUUGUUACUGUGCAGGAUCUUGAUAGGAGGUGCUCAAAUUGGCAGUGUUUACAUGGCAAUCAAAGAUCAUUCAUCCUUGUCAUGCCAUAAGGUGAUGUAAGACUCUGUACAGACACGUUAUUUCAUUCAUAUAACCAGAGGGUACCUGAUGUUGGCAGUGUGCAUAGACCUCUCUCACUGAAAAGUUGACAAAUAUGUUAAUAUUAGAUUGAGAAUCUAGAACAACAGCA